UGCGUCUAAGUUCAAUGUGGGCCGUAGCGGGAUUGGAUAACAAUGGGUUAGGCUUUGGCCCAAUUUAAAAAUGACCUAAAAAUAUCUUCACGAAUGAAUACUAUUGUUGCUCUUGGGUUGGGCCGCUAAUUUUUCUUCAACCCGACCCGUCAUUUCUCAACACUCGGGUCGAAAAUCAAUAGCCCGCUUUAGAAUGAGACCGACCAGAAAUUCAAAAGCCAAACGGCACAAAAUCCGGAGGGAGAAAGAAAGCGAGAAAGAAGAAAUCACAGAGAAAAGAGAAGAGAAAGAAAUGAUGCGGAGAACAGAAUUGAAGCCAAAAUCGGUAAGGAAACCACUGAGAGAUUUAUCGAACAAUAACAGCACAAGGAGUUUCUCCAAAUCAGAGAUUCCAAAGAAGAAAGUGCUCGACAAACACAAGAAUCACCAAAACCAAGCCUCCCUCGAUUCCCUUCUUCUCCUUCAAUCCGAUCUUUCCUCUCUCCUUCGCCAGAUUGAUGAACUUGUUGCGCAAGCUAUUAAGCUUAACGCCACAGGAAAAGGGAGGAAAGAAAUUGAAUCUUUCACGAAUGUCAUUUCCGAAAUGCUUUCCUCUUUAAAGCCGUGGGUUCCCAGGUUUCAGAAGGCUCUUUCGAGUCCUUCUGCUGGGGAGCACAAAGAUCAGUCAGGACAUAGUUUGGAAAGUGAAACUGUUCCUUUUGUGAACGUAAAUGAAAAGAAAUGGUUUGAUGUUGGGAGUCCAGAAGAAACCACGUUGGACUCGUUAAUAUCUCCUUCUCCCCUUGUGUCAUGGCGUGCUGCUGACUGUAAUAUUCAGAGAGGUAGACAGUUGUUUCUGCUCACACCUCUUCCUAUGUUGAAAGAACUGUCUUCCAAGGGGCGUGAUUCGUCUAAAUUAGUAUUGGAAAGGAUUGUUUCAAAAUCUACUGUUGAGCUGCCAUCUUUUCUCAACAUUCCUGGGGAUGAAAAUGAUAAUUUGCUUGAAGGAGUUGCCAUAAAGCCAACUCCAAUUAAGCCUUCUGAUUUUGUUGCAGCUGGAACAGAUGAGACAUUGAAGUGUGGAUUUGUUUCUUCACCAGUGUUUUCCAAAAAAGAUCAUUCCAUGCUUGUUAUGACACCACGCUUAAAAAUGUCGCCUCCUAAAUCAUGUGUGCUGCUUGAACCGAUUCAUGAAUCCUCACAUAGAGGUGAUUAUGGAGUGCGCAAGUCUACCCCAUUUCCUGUUGGAAUUAACAACAGUGGUUUUUCUAAAUCCUCUGGCAGUGAAGCUUCUGAGGAUCUGACUUUGAAAUAUCCAGAACUACUAGGUAUACAACGAACUUACAAAUCAGGAAUUGGGAAGAAAGAGCUGGAGUCGUCACCAACAUGGUUAUUCUCACCUCCUAAAAGUUGCAUAUUGUUGGAGCCACCAGAUGAGAAGUCCCUGGACAAUGUUGCCACUGAUCACCACUUUCCCAGGGCUAUAAAUCAACCGACAGAAUUGUUUUUGUCGAAAGGAAAUGAUGUUACAGAUGCUUGCCAACAAAACAAGACGAUUAAUCCAGAAAAUAUUGGCAACAACUUGGCACUUGUAGAAAGUACUCCAAUGUGGAAGGAACCCGAGAGCAUAAUGCAGACAGGCAAACGUCCCGGUGAGAGUACUCUAAAGAAAGAGUUAUGGACAAAGUUUGAAGCAGUGUCAACAUGUGGACUUCGUUAUAAUGCCUCUGCAAUUCAAAGGACAGCUAGGAAGGGAUUUCUUGACAUGCUGGAUGAGGUUUCAUGUGAUGAUGAAAGUACAAUAUCAGAUGGUUUGAGAUGACAACACUAUUCAUGUCUGCAAACUGCUUAAUGCUGAUUUGUAACCCGUGGUAGUGGUAUUCCUGAUAUUUUGUCCGUAAAUUUCUUCCAGUGUUGAGGCUUGUCAAGUGUCCUGAUUUUUACCAUCCAAAUAGAUGUACUUUGCCCGCUCAAUGUUAAUGAAUUUAGACUUUUUGGAUGAUAAAUUUCAAUUUUCUGUCUUCUAGCAAAAGUUCUAAUUCGGUCUUUUGAACAAUAAAUUGAUUCUUCAUCCCCACCAUCGUGCGAAAAUAAAUUGUUGCUGAAGUAUCUGUUAAUAGGGUAAUCAUAGAUUGAAGAAUACAGGCCUACAAUAAAAUCAUGUAUGAGCAAGCUACUUUGGCAAACUGAAAAAUUUUGCAUUUUUUUCAAUCGAAAGUGGCAGUGAUAGUACCACACAAAAAUGCUAGAAAACGAAACACAACGUUAAUGGAAAAAUACAGACUAUUUCUACACAUGAAACCAGCAAUUCUAACUUAUAUUUGCUCAAUCUCUUUAUACAACAAUUCCUCUUUCCCCCUACAACUCUUUAUAGUAUUCAAGGAAAAAAAAAGGGAAAACCUAUAUCUCCGCAGAAUUUAACU